CCUCCCGCUCGCUCGCUGAGCCCACUCUCCUCGCUCUCUACCACGGGAAUGGGCUCUUCUAACCCUACCACCACCUACCCGCCCCAGGAACAGGUGCUCCCUUUCCCUUCCGGGGAUGUCUUAUCCUCACUGUCACUUCCGGGGCAGCCAUUUUGGGAGGCUGACGCUUACUUACUGGCGGUUUUGGGGGGGGGGGGGGGGGGGGGGGGGCUUGGGCUCGAGCUGUAGCAGCUGGUAAUAGUAGUAAGAGGUAGCCUGCGAGUUGGUGAGUGGAAGGGGGUGCGGUGCUGUAGGUGAAGAACCAUCCCCACUCGAUGAUCGCAGCCCUCGCCAUGUCAGAUUUCGAUAACAAUCCCUUUGCUGACCCGGACCUCAACAACCCCUUCAAGCCUCCUUCAGGAAAUGUGAAAAUACCUGAUGUACCCAGUAUUCAGACAGCAAUAAUGAAACCAACGGAAGAACCAACUGCUUAUGCACAAAUUGCAAAGGAGCAUGCUUUGGCCCAGGCAGAACUGUUAAAGCGUCAAGAAGAACUGGAAAGAAAAGCAGCUGAACUAGAUCGCAGAGAAAGGGAAAUGCAGAGUCUCAAUCAGCAGAGGGGUAGAAAAAAUAACUGGCCGCCUCUUCCUGAGAAUUUUCCAGUGGGUCCAUGUUUCUACCAGGACUUUUCUGUAGACAUUCCUGUAGAAUUCCAGAAGACAGUAAAGAUUAUGUACUAUUUGUGGAUGUUCCAUACAGUGACACUGUUUCUUAAUAUCUUUGGAUGUUUGGCCUGGUUUUACAUUGAUGCUACGCGAGGGGUCGAUUUUGGAUUGAGUAUCCUCUGGUUCUUGCUUUUUACGCCGUGUUCUUUUGUCUGCUGGUACAGACCACUUUAUGGAGCUUUCAGGAGUGACAGUUCAUUCAGGUUCUUUGUGUUCUUCUUUGUAUAUAUCUGUCAGUUUGCUGUACAUGUACUUCAAGCUGCAGGAUUUCAAAGAUGGGGAAACUGUGGGUGGAUUUCAUCUCUUACUGGUCUUAAUAAGAGUAUCCCCGUUGGCAUUAUGAUGAUAAUUAUAGCUGCACUUUUCACAGCAUCUGCUGUGAUCUCAUUAGUUAUGUUUAAAAAGGUACAUGGUCUCUACCGCACAACUGGUGCUAGUUUCGAGAAAGCACAGCAAGAGUUUGCAACAGGAAUGAUGUCCAAUAAAACUGUACAAACUGCUGCAGCCAACGCCGCCUCAGCAGCAGCAACCAGUGCAGCUCAAAAUGCAUUCAAGGGUAACCAAAUGUAGAGAAAUAUAACAAGUGAUUAUGUUUCUCUUUUGUUGUACUUAAUUUUCCAGUCAAUUAUAUUCCCUAAAAACUUAGAUCAAAAUACACACAGCAUAUCUGUCUCUUCUUAAAAGAUAGCCACUCUUUGCCCUGUUGCAUUCUAGAAUAUAAAACUUUCCAUAUUUUAUGGAGGAUAAAUAAUUUAAACAGUUGGCCUGAGAAUGAAUUGUGGUAUUUAAUAAUCAAGUAAAUAUAGUAGGAAUUUGGAAUUUUUUUAGUGGUUCACUACAGUAUUAUUUUAAACUUCAGGAAAGCACUUCGGAUCAAUUAUUUUUGUUUCUAAGAACUGAUUUCCCUAUUUCUACUAUAAGAAGUGGGGUAGACUGAGAGAUGUAGCAAGUUAGGUUUGGCUAAUGCUUUUGAUAUAUACCUGUAAGUUUGCAUGAAUACUGUUAUCUGAUCAUGUUUAAAUAGUGUUUUGGUCCAGAAUUUCCCUGUGCCAUUUUAUAAUUAUAACGUUUGUUUGCAUCUCUUUUCAUGGAGCAUUUUCUACAUGGGAGAAAUGACCAGGUCUCUGAAAUAGAGUGUAUAAUGCAGUGUACAGUUUAAGGAAGUUGAAACUGAUGGUUUCAAUCACAGAGCUAAAUGAGUAUAGAUUUGCUAUUUUUAAUUUCAGUAUUCAUGUCUUGGGGUCAUAAUUUUUCUGAAAAAGAAACCAAUAUUGACCUUGAGAACACUGGUUUCUUGCCCCCCUACCCUCUCUUACAUGAAGUGGUAUUUUUAUUGUGUUUGGGAUUUUUGUUUUUUUAAGUGCAGAUUUGUGUUUAACGAUGGUACUAAAUCUCUAGCUUUGUCAGUCACUCUGUUUACUGCUUGUCCAAAAAUCUAAAUAUACAGUAUUUAAUUUUUAACAGGAAUAUUGUCUAAAAUCAAGCUUUUUAAGCAGUGACAUUUAACAGAUACUUGAAUUCAUUUUAAUGUAACUCAGCCAGCUCUGUGAUUUAGUUUAAGCUGGAAAAAAAGCUUUUAAAGUAUUUUGAAUUGAAGAAGUAAGAAAUCUUCAUCUUUCACACAUUUAAAUUUUAAUUUAUUGAUCUGGAGGCCUAAGAGGUUAAAUUGGUGAUGUGGAACUGAACAAUCCAUAAUGGUACAUACCAUCAUAAUAUUCUAGAAUUUAAUCUGGUUUUACUAUAUAAAGUGAUGUUUCUCUCCUUUCAAGGCUAUUUGAUAUUCUUGGAUUGACUUGUGAGUCUUAUGCAUAAUACUUGGGCUGUUUUUUUAAACUCUAUUUUAGAAAAUGAAAACAGGAAGGACCACAUCCCACAACCUGUAGAAAUAUACACUAUAGCUGAAAUGAAUUCAGUUCUUAAGGUGAAUCAUGUUUAGUAAGACUGAGUCAUAAACUUCUGAGAACCCUCUGCAUCAUGAAGUUAAAAGCAAUUUAAAUAUUCUAUGUAAUAGGAGCUCUAAAAUUUUACACUAGUGGACGUGGUAGCAUUAAACUUAAAUUUGUGUGGAAUGUUACUAAAAGCUUUUCAGACAAAAGUCACAAAUUUCUGUUUAGAUCAGGCAUCACAUUUCUAGCAGCUGUAUAUCAAGAUUUUUCCUUUCAGAGUUUCUUUAAAUUAACUUUGGGGUUGUAUCUAGGAACUGUACUUUUGAAUCUAAAUUUAAGCAAUUCUCUUUGAUAUCUCUUGGAUAUGAAUCCCAGGACAUCAUCCUUGCAAUUAAAUUUAAGAUGAAGAUUGCAUAACAUUACCAGAUUAUAUUAUAGAAAAAAUAUUAGAGAAAAAAAAACUGAAUUUGGCAGGUAGUUGUUUUUUUUCCAAAUGUUUAAAUGUUCUUUGAGAAAACACAGCUAAUAUUCAAUGUAUAGGUAGCACUGAUUUGUAGUGUCAUGUGUUGAAUACACAGAUUUAAACCUUAUAAGUGAUAUUCAAGAUUUUUGUUUAAACCAGAAAUCUCUGACAAUUUGCAGCCCAAAAGUGAGUGAGAAAUUUAGUUUUGACAACAAAAAGCUGAUGUUUGUUAAAAUAUUUUAUACCUGACUAAAACUAGGUUUUAUAGUCUCUUAUUAAUUAGUCAGAGUAUGGUGCCCACUUAAGUUGUCAUUUUGUAGUAUUGUGGCAAACUGAGUACAAAGUAUGAAGUUUAAACACUGGAAUGUCAUUGAUCUGUAAUUUAGGAGUUGGUUUUAUUUAUCUGAGGGAUGUUUGCAUUUUUUAUAAAUUACUAACAAUGCUCUACAAUCAUGGUGAAUGUCAUGGUUCUGUACAAAUUCACUUCUGUCCCUCCGUUGCAUGUCUGAGUAGUUCAAAAGUUAUGUAUAUUUAUUGUAUUAACACAGUGUCAGAGAAUUAAAAAAAAUACUUUUUUUUCCUGGAUGCUUGCUCUGUAUAGUUUUAAACAAUAUAAGGAUUUUUCUUUUAAAGGUCAGGAUAACACGCAGGGUGGCUGAUCUAUGGAAAAGUCUCACUUGGUUUUUAUAAUUCUGUAUAAAAAUGCUGCAGUUCUGCUGAAAUGGGAAAGUAAAAUGUCCACUAUCAAAAUAAUGCAUUAGGGUCAUAAGAAUUACUCAAAUAUUAAGAAGAAAAUUCUUAAACGCUUGCAGCCCACUUGAUUGUGCUAUAAAGUUAGAGGGCUAAAAUCUAAAUAAGUUCUGUCAUUACUGAAUGAAAUUCUUCAGGUAUUAAGUGAAUCUUAAAAUAUUAUUGAAAGUAAAAUGAAGUUAUUGAAAACAGCAUUGGUUUGGUACUGUUUAUUUUCCUAAUUUCUGCCUAUUGACUUGACACUGCUGUGUCAAUUGUGUCACUUUGUAUCCUGUUGUAUCACUGCUGUCUUGCUUUUUCUUUUUUUUAGCCACUAUCAAUCUGUUGAUUUUUUUUUCAUGUAAUAUCAACUGUAAUGCCUGCUCUCUAGUGCUGAAUUUAUUACCAGGUUUUCUUUGAACAGAAAAAUGAGUUCAACUAGACCACUGUGGUGUAGUUAACGUUUGCAAACGCACACAAUACAGAGAAUACUAUUCUGAGAUAUAGUUGGGAUUAGUUUGGGAGAUAGCAGAUGUGUGUUUUUGAAGACACUGGCACAUACAUACAUGCAUCAUUUAGUAGUGAAAUUCUUCAUCAACUUGAUCUACUUCUUUGUAAUUUGCAUAUCUAGUGUGGUAGUGGCAACAGACUGAAGGAGCAGUUUUUGAACUUUAUCGUACUGCACAACUGUGCUUACCAUUUACAAGAAUAAUCAUGUUUUAUGAUUAGAAUUACUACAUAAUUUAAGUGCUGUUGUGGGGAGAUGAUAAUUCCUCUAGUUUGCUCAGGCUAGUUUACCUCAGGAAUUUGAAAGCGCUAAGUUGGGAAACCAAACACACGCAGAAAAGAGCAGCUCAGAAUGUCAUCUAUUUGAAGAUACUGUAUAUUCAAAGAAAGGGCAUACAUUUGCAAACAAGCUUUCAAUGAAUCACAGGAGCAAGACUACUUUAUAUUCCUGUCCCCCUGACAUUAAUAAUAUGUAUUCACUUUCUCAUUGCAUCACUAUUCUAAACCUAGCUAGAGCUGGGGGAAGAAGUUACUAGAACACA